AUGAUCAUCACCAUCAUCAUAAACAUAAGCAGCAGCAGCAGCAGCAGCAGCAGCAGCAGCAGCAGCAGCAGCAGCAGCAGCAGCACGGACUGCAUGCUGAAAAUGUCCAUGGGGGUCCAGCAGCAAAAAGGGUUUGUCUCUAAGCAGCACCACCACCAUAACCAGCAGCACCACCGCACUCGCCCCAAUCCCCAUAAACACAACCAGCAGCAGCAGCAGCAGCAGCAGCAGCAGCAGCAGCAGCAGCAGCAGCAGCAGCAGCACGAACUGC